UGGCGACGCGAAAACAAGGAGAAGGACAGAAAAUGUCAGCGAAGAAAAGAGACAAAGUGGAGGAGAACUGUGACUCCUUCAAGGAGGAGGAUGAGGAUGAGGAGAAGGAGGAAGAGGAGAAGGAGGAGGAGGAGGAAGAGGAGGAGGACUGCUCCUCUUCCUCCUCAGCCUCUUCACCCCCGGUGAACCCAGAAGACCCGGUGGUCCAGGACAUCCCGGAGUCGGUGGAGGACUUCCUGCGGAACUUCCUCCGCAAGCUGGGCCUGACCCGGACCCUGAGUCUCUUCGAGCUGGAGUGGCACAGCCGGGCCAGGGGCGGCGGCGGCGGCGGCGGCAUCUUCGUCCCGGACGCGCUGACCCACCGCCAGGCGCUGCUGGAGAAGCUGGAGGCCGUACGCGGCGACGCCGAGCAGCUCCGGAAGCAGGUGCUGACGGCGGCGCAGAGCCUGCUGCGCAUGCAGCAGGAGAGCGACUACCACCGGCAGCAGCACCGGCGGCUCUCCGAGCAGAAGGACGUCCUGACCGGGGACUGCAAGCAGCUGCAGGAGCAGCUGCAGGACUCCGAGGAGGCGCUGAAGCGGCUGCGGGACAAACACGAAGCGGCUCUGCGGACCAAGACGCUCCUCGGCCUGCAGAAAGAGCGAGCCCAGAGGCUUCCGGAACCGGAACCGGAGACACCCAGCAGGAAGCCUCCACCCAGCAGCCCGAGCGGAGCCCCGGAGCCCUGCGGGCUGCCGGCCGGUCCGGAGGCUCCGGAGAAGAGCAGCUUCCAGCUGUUCUGCUCCUUCCGGGCGCACCAGCUGCCCAUCAGCGGCGUGGCGCCGCACCCCGGCAGGCCGCUGCUGGCCUCGGCCAGCGACGACCGCACCUGGAGGCUGUGGGACCUGCCGCGCAGCGGGGAGAAGGUUGCCCGGAUGCUGCUGAUAGGGGAGGGCCACUCUGAUUGGCUGUCAGGCUGCAGCUUCCACCCUGAAGGAUCCAGACUGGCCACAACCAGCGGAGACAAGACGGUCCGACUCUGGGACUUCUCUGCGUGUCGCUGCGUGCUGCUGCUGGCCGGUCACAGCCAGCCCACCUGGGGCAGCUCCUUCCACUCCGGCGGCCAUAUUCUGGCGUCCUGCUCCGCCGACGGGACGGCCCGGAUGUGGGACUCCAGCCGCGGCUGCUGCAGGAUGAUCCUGCGGCGCCACGGCGCCUCGGUGAACAGCGUGGCCUUCCUGCCGUGCUCCGACCUGCUGCUCACCUCCUCCGCCGAUAAGACGGUGGUGGUUUGGGACGGCCGGCUGGGCGUGAGCACCGCCACGUUCCGUGGACACCGCCACCCCUGCAACCACGCCGCCUUCAGCCCCACCACGAACGCCGUGGCGUCCUGUGACUCCAGGGGCACCGUCCACCUGUGGGACACCCGGAAGCCGGCGGCGCCGACGGGCGUCGUGGACGCUGGGCCGCACGCCGCCAACCAGGUGGCCUUCAACCAAUCGGGGAAGCUGCUGGCGGUUGCUAGCGGCGACUGUUUGGUGCGGCUGGUGGAGGCAGAGUCGUGUGGCGUGAGCACCCUGACGGGACACAGGAAGAGCGUCCAGAGCGUGACCUUUGACCUCCAGGGUGAGACUCUGAUGUCGGCUGGCAGCGACGGACUGAUCAACGUCUGGCUCUGAUGUUUGGACCCGUCAGAACUGACCCGCAGGUCCAACUACCAGAGAAUAAACUUUAUGCAGCACUGGAGCACUUCCUGCUGCGGGAGGAAACAGGAAGUUAGCGCCGAGUUCCUCUAAUAAAGAUUCAGAGCUACUGAAACGUUUUUAUUUGAGUCCGAGCUUCAGAACGUCAGCAGAACCGGGCCGGCCCGUCUGCUUCAGGACGAGUCCUGCUGGGAGGAGGAGUCCGUCCGUCUUCCUCUCUGACCCGGAUCCUCCACCAGCAGCUUCAGGCGGUUCAGGUACAGCCCGACUCUGAAAACAGGAAGUGACAUCCAGGAAGUGACAACCAGGAAGUUCAUCUUGAUGGAUCACAGCAAUUUAUUAGAAAUGAAACUGGAUUAAGUGCAAUUACAGAAACAACAAUUCAGGUGUUUUAUUUUAUACUAAAACAAAUUAAAAUAAUCCCACAUCAUGAUGCUGCCACCACCUUGCAUCACUGUUAGUAAUCAGAGCUGCAUUAAAGCUGAUGAACGCAAAGAUUUAGUGACAAUCUGAAGUAAGUUUGUGUGCAGAACUCAGGUGCUUUGUUUUGGAUUUAAAAUCCCACAGCAUGAUGCUGCCACCACUGUGCCUCACUGUACAAACAGGCUCCAUUUCCCCUCAUAUUAACAACGUUCCUAGUGUCCUGUGGCUCCUUGGGUCCUAAUUUGACUAAAAAUGUGAAGAAGCAACAAAUUUUGCUAAAUUUAUGAAGAAUGACACAUGCAGAUUUUACAACUUUUUGUAUUUUUUUAUGGAAUAAUUUCAACAUUGUAAAGUACCAGAAAACUUUUCUGUUUGGAUUUGUGUUGAACGGUUUGAAGUCUGACCUCUUUAGUGAUGGACUUCCUGGGAAACUCUGCAGCUCUGGAUCAACGUCGGCUUCCUGCAACACACAUCAGCUCCUGUUUUACCACGACUGGACCAGCAGGGGGCGACAAAUCACAGAAACACCCGGAACCGAACUGGAUACAUGUUAAAGAAAGAGAGGCCGGGUUUAACCAGAACUCUGGAGCAAAUGUAUGGAGGACCAAUCCUGGAAAAACUGACAUAACAAAUAAAUGGCCGGAUGAAGCGAUUCAACUGUCAAAUAUCGCAUCCAAAAAAUAAUAAUUUUCACAAUUUAUUUGAUUAUACAGGGUGACCUACUGUAUAUGAAUAUUUAUCAUUUUCAACAGUAUUAAUAUUUCAUAUUAUCUGUAUGAUCUGAGUUACCUUUUUCCUAAUUUUUCCAUAUUGUGAAUAUAUUUAAUUUAAAAAAAAUUACUUUCAUAUUUUA